CUUGAUCUUUAUCAUUUAGAGAGUAGAGAGAGAGAGAGAUGGCGGGUGGGGGAAUAGUGGAUUCAAAGGGCGGAGCCAGAGCUCAUCUCUAUGAGUAUACCAUCACUCCUUAUUUCAUCUUCGCUUGCAUUGUUGGCUCCAUGGGCGGCUCCUUGUUCGGCUACGAUCUCGGUGUUUCUGGAGGAGUGACCUCCAUGGAUGACUUCUUGUUUGAAUUCUUCCCCAAAGUAUACAGAAGGAAGCAAUUGCAUCUCAAAGAAACAGAUUACUGCAAAUACGACAACCAGAUUCUGACCCUCUUUACAUCCUCACUCUACUUAGCCGCCUUAGUCUCUACAUUCGGAGCCUCCCACGUCACCCGAAACAGAGGCCGCAGGGCCAGCAUCAUCUGCGGCUCCAUCAGCUUCUUCUCCGGUGCAAUCAUGAACGCCGCCGCUCAGAACAUCGCAAUGCUCAUCAUCGGCCGCAUCCUCCUCGGCUUCGGCAUUGGCUUCGGCAAUCAAGCAGUGCCGUUGUACCUUUCAGAGAUGGCGCCUGCGAAGAUACGGGGCGCCAUCAACCAGCUCUUCCAGCUCACCACGUGCCUCGGGAUCUUUGUGGCGAACUUUGUGAAUUAUGGAGUUGAAAGGAUCCAUCCGUGGGGGUGGAGGCUGUCUCUCGGGCUAGCAGCAGUGCCGGCCUUGCUCAUGUUCGUGGGCGGGAUUGUCCUCCCCGAGACUCCCAACAGCCUCGUUGAACAAGGCAGGUACGAGGAGGCGAGGAAUGUGUUGGAGAAGGUGAGAGGCACUCCAAAGGUUGAUGCGGAGUUCCAAGACCUGAUUGACGCGAGCAAUGCGGCUAAGGCUAUAAAGCAUCCUUUUCGGAACCUGUUGAGGAGGAAGAAUAGGCCCCAGUUGGUCCUUGGUGCCAUUGGUAUACCGGCGUUUCAGCAGCUUACUGGGAUGAACUCCAUACUUUUCUACGCCCCCGUGUUCUUCCAGACCUUGGGUUUUGGCUCAAGCGUGGCUCUCUACUCUUCUGCCAUCACCAGCGCCACGUUGGUCGUGGCCACUCUCAUAUCCAUGGCCUUUGUUGACAAGUUUGGUCGACGAGCUUUCUUCUUGGAAGCUGGCUGUGAGCUCUUCCUAUGCUCGGUUGCAAUAGCCAUUACUCUAGCACUGAAAUUUGGAGAGGGAGAACAGCUGCCCAAAGGUAUUGGGAUCUUCCUGGUGGUGGUGAUAUGCAUAUUCGUGCUGGCCUACGGGCGAUCAUGGGGGCCGUUGGGGUGGUUGGUCCCUAGCGAGCUGUUCCCAUUGGAGACGAGAUCAGCGGGGCAGAGCAUUGUGGUGUGUGUGAAUAUGCUCUUCACGGCGCUCAUCGCUCAGUGCUUCCUGGCGGCGCUCUGCCAUCUAAAAUACGGCAUCUUCUUACUAUUCGCGGGCUUGAUCUUCAUCAUGACAUGCUUCAUCUUCUUCUUGUUGCCGGAGACGAAGCAAGUCCCCAUUGAAGAGAUACAUUUGCUAUGGCAGAACCACCGCUUCUGGAAGAGAUUCACAACCUGAAAAGAAUAUGGAUAACCAUUGAUAAUUAAUGAAUGUGUAUUUACAAUUUCAUAUAGAUGUAUGUUCACAGUUUGUUUGUCUCAGGAAUUGUAAGCUUGCCUCACAAAAAUCAGUGAUUUUUUUUGUCAUUCUCUA